CGGAGAUUAUCCCCAUCUCUCACUCACUCUCCACUUUCCAAAUUCAUUUCGAUUUUGAAAUUCCAGCGAGAGGGAGAGGCAAGGAGAUCUUUCAGUCCAACAAUGGAAAAUCCGAAGGUUCAAGAGAUCCUGGAGAAGCAGGUGCUGACGGUGGCGAAGGCCGUCGAGGAAAAGAUCGAUGAAGAGAUCGCGGCGUUGGAUCGCCUCGACAGCGACGAUCUGGAGGCCAUCAGAGAACGGAGGUUGCAGCAAAUGAAGAAGAUGGCGGAGAAGCGGAGCCGUUGGAUCGGUCUAGGCCACGGAGAAUACUCAGAGAUUCCCGCUGAAAAGGACUUCUUUUCAAUUGUUAAAGCUAGCGAGCGCGUUGUUUGCCAUUUCUAUCGCGAGAAUUGGCCCUGCAAGGUGAUGGACAAGCACUUGAGUAUAUUGGCAAAGCAGCAUAUAGAGACACGUUUUGUUAAAAUCCAUGCCGAGAAAAGCCCAUUCUUGGCUGAGAGGCUGAAGAUCGUUGUUCUUCCUACACUUGCCCUUAUCAAAAAUGCCAAAGUCGAUGAUUAUGUGGUUGGAUUUGAUGAGCUUGGUGGGACAGACGAGUUUGCCACAGAAGAUUUGGAGGAGAGGUUGGGUAAAGCUCAAGUCAUCUUUUCUGAGGGUGAAUCAUCUUUACAGGCAUCGAAGUCUGGUGCACAGACCAAGAGGAGUGUGCGGCAGAGCUCAAAUGCAGACUCAUCCGAUUCAGAUUGAACGGGGUGUGUGGAUUUGUAAACGUCUAUAUAUGUUUCAGUGGAAGUGAAUAGGAUUCAUCAUCAUUCCAUCUAAUACUAUUAUAAAGCAAAUGACAGUCAUUUGCUUUACAUCACAUUAAAAUUUUUGAUGGAAUUUUGUUGUUAUUUUGUACUAUGAUCCAUGUUUUUACAAAGGAAAUAUUAUCUUUGUUUUUGGUUUA